GAGACUUUCAGAGUGUCAUUUAGCAGGGAGAAGUGGUGAAGGUUGCAAUACAGAAAAAUAAAGGGGAACUUGGUCAUUCAUUUUGCGGCCUCUGGAUUCCAUGGAAAAUCCGUCUUUUACUUGCUCAGUUUACAUACAGCGACAGCCAUGUCUACCACGUGGUUACUCGGGCUGAGCCCGUUUACCAUCCUGAUUGGGCUGUGGGCCUUGUACCAUGUCCUCAAGAUCCUUUAUAACCUUUCACCGCUUCACCCUUUGAGCCACAUUCCCGGACCAAGGCUCGCGGCGGCGACAUAUAUACCGGAAUUUUAUCACGAUGCCAUACUGGUCGGCAGAUAUACUCACCAGAUUGUGGAAAUGCACCGCAAAUAUGGCCCUAUUGUCCGCAUAAAUCCAAACGAAGUUCACUGCAACGACGUCAACUUUUCCGACGAGAUUUAUGCAGUAGGGGGCCGAAAGCGGGACAAAUCAGUUCACCAGAUCAAUGGUGCAGUAUUCGGAAGAUCUGGCUUUGGAACAAUUGAUCACGAUGUGCACCGCAUGCGAAGGACCCCUCUUGGAAAGUUCUUCUCGCGGAACAACAUAGCCAAGCUGGAAAGUGAAAUCCACAGCUUGGUUCAGAAACUGUGCGAUAAAUUCCUGGCAGAUUCUGGGAAUGUCAUCGAAAUCGCCACGGCCUUCAGCUGCUUCACAUCCGAUGCCAUAUCCGGCUACUGCUUUGGCGAAAGCUUUGGAUUUUUGGAGCAAGAUGGAUGGUACCCCAAUUUUCGCGAUCCUGCCCUUUCCACCGUCAAACCAAUCUUCUUUUUCCGUUUUUUCCCAUGGACAAAGUCGUUUUUGAUCUUGGUGCCAUGGGUUAUUAACUACCUGCCCACUGACGUGGCACUCCUUAUCAAGACCAUGCAGAUUGAGAUGCCUGGUCGUGUACAGAAAACCAAGAACGAAAUAGAAUCUGGAAUGUCUCUGCAAUAUAAACGCCCAACCGUCUUUGGCUCACUGCUGGAGUCAGACUUGCCCGAGGAGGAAAAGUCCAACGCACGCCUGACGGAUGAGGCCGGAGCCGUGGUCGGCGCCGGUACGGAAACAACGAGCUGGUCGCUCUCCGUCAUUACCUACCACCUGCUCUCGAAACCCGAGAUACUCCAAGAACUGCAGACCGAGCUGCGCCAAGUGGUCGACGACCCGAAGAACCUUCCCCCCUGGUCGGUACUGGAAACCCUGCCCUACCUCAACGCCGUCAUCCUGGAGGGCCUGCGGUUAUCCUACGGAGUCUCCUCCCGGACCGCACGCGUCGCUACCGAGGAGGACCUGGUCUACCGUGGAGAGUUCAACAAGCGGCCGCUCGAGUACGUCAUCCCCCGCGGGACCGCCAUCGGAAUGUCGGCGGUCAUCACCCACCACGACGAGAGAGUCUAUCCCAACUCGCACGAGUUUGUCCCCGAGCGGUGGUUGAAAGACAAAAACGAUUUCCAGAGGAAGGAGGCCGAGCGUGCCCUUUUGGCCUUUUCCAAGGGGAGCAGAGGUUGCCCCGGCAAGACCUUGGGUCUUUGUGAGUUGACUCUGGCGUUAUCAGCCGUGGUCUUGCGAGUUCUUCCCCACACUCGACUGUACGAGACGACCCAUAGAGAUGUGGCCUAUGACCACGACACACAAGUCCCCAGGACGGUCAAGGAGAGCAAAGGGAUCCGUGUGGUGAUCAACUGAACGAGUGAAGUUUGAGUGAAAUACAUUAUACAAAAUCAUUGAUAACCAUCAGUGUUUGUAAGGGAGUUGGAGGUGCACGUCUUUCUUUCAUCCUGUCUGCACCCAGCUUAACUUGCUUGCAGACAAUAUAAAUGCCGGAAUUUACAAUUUUAAUAAACGCAAAAGCUAAAAUCCAUAAGACUGAAUUAAGA